GGAACACCAAAAGAUGUUUUAAAGGUUAAGUCAGUCCUAUGUAAAUCCACAUAACCAGAACUUUUCCUUCUGUAUAAACUACAGCUGCUUCAUCCAAUCGGAUAAAACACAUUUGCUUAAAAAGGCGACAAUGGACAGAGAUGCCCUGGAGGAAGCCCUGAACUCUGCAUACUUCAAACAUAAAGGCAUCUACUUUAUCGCCCAUAAUACGUCUCCUGGAGUCAUAGAUGACAUAGAACAUAUGGAAAUCAGGGACGACGAUGUGUUCCUUGUCACCUACCUCAAAUCUGGUACAGUUUGGACACAACAAAUUCUAAGCCUGAUAUUUAAUGAAGGCCACCGAAACGGAACAGAACAGGUGGAGAAUAUAGAUCGCGUUCCCUGGAUCGAGUACAAUGUUAUGAACAUGGACUAUAAAAGCCGCCCAUCUCCUCGUCUCUUCUCAUCUCACCUGCCUUAUUAUCUGAUGCCGAGAGAUCUGAAGUAUAGGAUGGGGAAGGGUUUUCCUUUUUUUCAGAUUUUAUAUGUGUGUCGAAACCCAAAAGAUGUCAUAGUGUCCUAUUACCACUUCAACAAAAUGUUCCCAUUCCUAAAAUAUACAAUGGACUGGGAAACAUUCUUUGAUGUCUUUUUAUCAGGGAGAGUCACAGGUGGCUCGUGGUUCGACCAUGUCAGGGGCUGGUACACGCACAAAGAAGAUUUCAACAUACUGAUUGUGACCUAUGAGGAGAUGAAGAAGGACCUUCGAUCUGCAGUGAAAAAAAUAUGCAAAUUUAUGGGCGUGAACCUCGAAGAGAAAGCCAUCGACACCGUGGUGGAAAGAGCAACUUUCAAGAACAUGAAACGCGAUCCUCUCGCUAAUUAUGAAUUUAUGCCCAAUGAGAUUUUAGACAAAACUAAAGGAAAUUUUCUACGUAAAGGAACGGUUGGCGACUGGAAAAAUAUAAUGACGGUGGCGCAAAGUGAGAAGAUUGAUGAAAUUUACAAGGAGAAGAUGGGAGAUCUGCCAAUCAACUUCUUGUGGGAUCUCAAUGAAGAAACUGCCUCCUAGAGUUCUGUUAUCUUCAUAACAACCAUGGGUGGGUGGACUCUGAUAGGAAAGACCCCUGUGCUGGACCUGUGUCUAAGCCCCAUUCCUCUAAUGGCAACACAGCUAAAAAAAAAAAAAAAAAUCUCUUUUUUUUUUUUUUUAAAUCUCCCUUAGCGGAGACCUCCCAAUAGGGGACACAUCCCAGUAGUGGACAGUUUUUAAUUCCCUGCCAGAGUCAGGUUUUGUAGUGUCUUUUUCUGCUCCAUGUCUGAGCUGGAGUUUAUUUAGUAGUUUUUUUUUUUUUCAUGUGAUGCGACUUUUUUUGCGUCUUUCACACUUGAUAAAUCUCUGACCACUGCAAGUCAAAAAUCACUUUUUGCUUUGGUAAUUAAGGUUUUUUUUUUUGUGUGUUUUUUUGCUUAGGGCACUGCACAAUCAAAAAGUUGCACAAAAAAUAGAGUAGUCGCACAGGUGACUCAUUUGCUACAAUUUUAAUCAAAAAACAAACAAAAAACUACUAAAUGCUUUGAUAAAUGUCCCCCAUACUGUUUAUAAUAAAUAUGUUGCUAUUGUAUUGUUACAAGUGUAUUAAAAGUUUUAAAAUGCUAGAAUAAUACUGGUCCAUAUUAAUUAUUUUUAUUAUCAAAAAUGGAGGCGCUUACUACUGACUCUGCACAAUCUCAAUAGCGUCUGUAGCACCUGUGCAGAUCCUACUAUCGGGCGCUGUCACGUGAUCUAAACCACGUGACCUAAUCACAUGAUCGUGUCAUCCGUCACCCAGGUUACAACUGACGCCAUGAGUUAUCAGUGCAGCCUGGGAGCCGAGGAGACGAUCACCAGCAGAACAGUGCAAAGGAGAGAGUGGUCACUGCUAGGCUAUUCUAUCUAUCUAUCUAU